CAUCUUUGUGCUUAUAUCCUUGUCCACAGGCAGAGCUAGGCCUUAAUGAGCACCACCAGAAUGAAGUCAUCAACUACAUGCGCUUUGCUCGUUUCAAGCGCAGCCUGUGUCUCAAGACAGUGGAUUCUUGUUUUCAGAACCUUAAGGACAGCAGACUGGUUGAGGAGACCUUCACAGUCGAUGAGGUGACAGACAUGCUGGACGGACUGCAGACUGUUGUACACAGUGAAGUGGAGUCAGAGCUCAUAAACACAACUUACACCAAUGUGUUAGUUCUGCGGCAGAUCUUUUCGCAGGCUGAGAAAUGGUACCUGAAGUUACAGACAGACGUCUCUGAACUGGAGAAUCGAGAAUUGUUGGAGCAGGUUGCUGAGUUUGAAAAGUCAGAAUUUAUAUCUUCGAACAAGAAGCCCAGCACAGACCUCAUUAGACCAAAACUGGCUCCAUUAAAUGAAGGUGGGACAGAGCUGCUAAACAGGACAGUUGCUUCUCUCCAAGAAGAAAAUGAAAAAUUGAAGACCAGACUCAAGACCGUAGAAACACAGGCUACAGCUGCACUCGAUGAGAAGGCCAAGAUAGAGAAGUUACUGAAGGAUUUACAGAUGAUCCAAGGCGAUCAAAAGACUAAUGCAAACCAGGAUAUCGCUGAGCUGGAGAAUAAAGUGGCAGCUUUGAAAUGCCAGUUUGAGAAGACUUUGAGUGACUCUACUGCAAACCAAAAGUUCUUGGAAGAGGACUUGGUGACAACGAAGCAUGACUUGCUGAAGGUUCGGGAUCAGCUAUCCACAGCUGAAAAGGAACUGGAGAAGAAAUUUCAGCAAACAGCUGCCUAUCGCAACAUGAAAGAGAUUCUCACUAAGAAGAAUGAACAGAUAAAGGAUCUACGUAAAAAGCUUUCCAAAUACGAGCCAGAUGACUGAACCAUCUGAUCUCUCAGAAGCUGCCAUAGAAAGAAAAAGUAGACUGAUACUAUUUUUCAGUGAUUUUGGGGUUGAAUAGUAUAUUUUUUGCUUCUAGUGCUUCAAAUAACUUUGUAUUAAUACUUAAUGACACACUCCUACCUUACUUCCUUGUAAAUGUUUGAUUUACAGGUUUCUAUAACAUGAUUAGUUUCUCUAGUCAUGUUGCUCACCAUUGACAUUCCUUGAGAAAUAGCAAAGAGGAGCUUACUGAAGAACUGAGAUCAUUCCCUACAAAGAAAGUUUAUUUUUGUUAAGAAAAGGAGAAAAAAGGG